UACAUUAAAAGUUUGCAUCAAAACUGAAGCGUAGGCUUAUGCAGUGGGCUGUAUGCUAAUGCUACACCUUCGUGUCAGAACUGAAGUACUGUAUACUUGGGGCUUAUGCGUUUGGCUCUACGCAUGCGUGUUCAUGUCAAGUAUACAUUUGGCUUUAGUGAAUUCCCCUACAUGAAUCUAAAUGAUUGGUUAACCUUCAGGGUACACAUUUAAUAGCAAGCUGUAGUGAAACUUCCUCGCAGUUCUGGUUUGGUUAUCGAGUGGAUUGAUGCAUGUGUGUAUAUGUAGUCUGCACACACUCACACACAAAGUGCAAUCAAUUAGUCCAUCCGAAGGCCAAAACAUUUGCUUUUAUUUCAGGUCUAAAUUGGAAUUGGAAAAUCAGCCAUGAGGUUUCUAUUAUCUCUCUUUGACUUCAUCGCUGUUCGGUUAAAGUACAGACUGUCAGCUUUAAUUUUAGGAUAUUUGCAUUCAUAAACAACAAGCCGUGUUGAAAUUACAGUCCUUUGAGCAAAUGUAAUUGGACAGCUGGCCGUUCAGCUGUCUCCUGACCAGGUGUGCGUCAUUACAGCUUUAGCACAUGCACAAAAGAGAGCUAACAAAAGGUUUAGUGUUGAGUCUAGCUGUGUCAUCGGUGUCUUUCAACAAAUGUAAAGGGUUUACCAUUGACACCAUAAGGAAUUAAAUAAGGAGCAAUAAUGGUGGUCCGUCUGGGACAAGCUGCUCCAGUUUCUUUCCUCAUCCCAGCAGAUAAGUACAAGGACUUAAACAUCUGAAGGACGCCACAUACUCACCUUGAACGCACUCCAGCCAUUUUAGCCAAAAAUGAAGCCCCUCAUGUUGCUGUUUUGGAUUUUUGCUGUGCCUGUACACACAAUUGUGCUUCAGCCAAGUGUAAAUGUGACAGUCAUGCAGAAUGUAUCAGCAGAAGGUGACCUUUGGGCGGAGCGGAAACUUGAUCGUUUGAUGGAGGCUCUCAACACUGAAGAGGAGAAAAGAAGUGAGGAAGAGGUCACAAUGCAAGAGGCAGAAGAAGAAACGGACACAGGUGAAGAACAUGGUAUGAAGAAAACAAAAAGGGUGAAACAAACAAGAGGAACUGAUGUAAAAAGCAAAGAAGUAGUAGAAAAAGAGGAGCAGCAAGAACAGAAUGUGGAUGAACACGACAUGUCAGAUGUAAUCUUAACCAAACCCAUCCUUACUGCACAGAACACCAGCCAUUCACAAGAAAUUGAGGGUGAUCUACCUCCAACUGUCAAUCAGAAGGCCACUCCUCCAACCAUGGCUACCGCCUCCCAACCUGUCUUAAACUUGCAUACAAAAUCAGUUACUGUACCUUCCUCAUUCCCCUCCACUUCACAAGGACCAGCAACAACUACUGAAACCUUGCCUAUCAUAACCACAAAACUUCACACUGUGAAUUCAACUGCUGAGGCGACUGGAGCCACCUUACUAGUAAAUGAAAGCAGCACGAAUGAUGAUCUCAGAGUGGAGCUCCAUGUGAUGAACAGCUCUAAACUCCACCCACUGGAGGAAGUGAGUGUUGAUGCCGCAGCAAUGGCAGCAAGGGCAGGACCCACUGCAAAAGCCCCUACAUUUAUAGUCAAAUCAAAACACAAACCUAAAGACAAUAUGACACUGAAAGCAAAGAAAAAAAAGGUCCUCAAAGUAAAGGCGAAGAAGACCAAAGUUCCGAAAAAAGCAAAGAAAGUGAAAAAGUUCAAACGAGAGAGAAAAUUGAAACCAACAACACCUUCGUAUUUUCCCUAUUUUGAAGAUCACUACUGUCCCUCAGAAUGUUCCUGCUAUGGGAGGGUUGUGCAGUGUUCCGACAAACAUCUGGACAAAAUACCUUACGGAAUUCCUUACAACUCCCGCUACAUUCUCUUAAUGAACAACCACAUCAAUAGCAUUCAACUGAAGUUGCUCUCUGAGUAUGACUCCAUGGAGUUCCUGGUGUUAAGCAACAACCAUUUAACAGACGAGACGAUCGAGGGUUCCUUUGACGGGAUCAAGAGCCUUAAGAGACUAUACAUAGAGCGGAACCUUCUCCAAAGUAUCCCAAAUGACCUGCCUGUUACUCUAGAGGAGCUACGGCUGGAUGGGAACCAGGUAAAUGCAAUGUCCAACACAGCCUUCGGACGCUGCCCAAACCUGCUGAUCCUCAGCCUGAGCAACAACAGCCUGGGGAACAAAUCAUCCACUAUCCCUCCAGGAGUUCUUCUACCGUUGGGCAAACUUCGGACGCUUACACUUUCCUACAAUCAGCUUGCCUCUGUUCCCCUGCAGCUGCCCAUCAGUCUUCGAGAACUUUAUCUGAGAGGCAACCGAAUUGAACGCCUCCAAGGCGACAUGUUCUGGGGCGAGGCGGAGCUGCAGGUCCUGGAUCUAAGUGUGAAUAGAUUGACCGAUAAAGGUCUUGGGAAGGCAGCACUACUGAAUGCCAGUCGCCUCGAGAGUUUAAAUCUAGAGGGCAACUUACUGAAGCAGGUUCCUCUCCAUCUACCCCGCAGCAUAAAGACCCUUAACUUGGAGAGAAACUUCAUCUCUAGCAUUGGCAAAGAUGCUUUUAUCUCAAUGCCUCAGUUGGAGCACCUAGGCCUAGCAAGAAACAAGAUCACUAAAGUGGCCCUUGGUGCCUUCCGGGUUCUUCCACUUCUGCAUCAGCUAGACAUGAGUCACAACGCCUUACAACAGGUACCAAGGCAGCUCCCGUUAUGGCUCCACUCUGCAACAUUUUCACACAACGAGAUCCGUGUAAUUCCACGUGAUGCUUUCUGUUGGGGUCAAGGCAAUGAGUCUCCUCUCAGCCGCCUAGUCAGGGUUCACCUGGAAUAUAACUUCAUAGAUCUGGGCAAUCUGGACACGUUGGCCUUCCGUUGCCUCAGAGGCUUUCAGGUGGUGCAAUUUUACUAAACUGAACCAAUUGGGAAUCCCUGUAAAUGGUCAGCAUAUGGGUUGAAGUGGAAUUUACAGGUCUCAACUUGGUUUUUCUUUCUUGUCUGGACUGAAGAUCUAGAGCCAGCAGCAUCUGUUACAGUGAUGGAGAAAGUUGGUGAACUUUCAGUAGGACGCAACUACAUUGACCGCAAACCUGUCAUAUAAGACAAAAUAUGUGUCCCAGCCCUGAUCUACAAACUUUACAAAAUAGGAUUUUUAAGUUUGAACUCUGUGUAAAUGCAUUGCUCCUGAUACAUAAAGAGCAGCUGUGCUCAUGGGGACACAGAAUUGAGUCCUAAUGUGUCCCUUUUCCUGUACCUUUCUUCUGUUGAUGCUUAACUGAUUUUAUAAAAGCCAAAAUAUAACAGGAUUUCAUUGUCUGAGGCCUGGGUUACUUGACCUCCAUAGGAUGUGUUGAUGUUUUAUAACUGUUACAUCAUUGAAAUGUGACACGGUGUUAAAAACCAGAGAGAACAAGGCUGUUUUGUUUGGACGAAUCCCAAGACAGUUGAUUUGCGAUUACAUUGUUUUUAUUUGAUGUUAUAUAAUUUUAUUUCAUCAUUUAAGUGUAUUACUUUUUAAAAUAAAA